GCUCCACGAAACAUUGUGCCCAAGCCUGCUGCCAGCUCCGGUAGCACCCAUGCAGCCGGCUGCGUUCAAGCAGUCGAUACCGAACACUUUGUGUGUGCAGCUGGAUGGAUCAAUGGUCCCAAGACCCUCCUGGCCCGAGUGAGAGCCCUUAGAUUGAACGCUGAACUGCCUACUCCCGUGCAGGAGAACAUCGAGUACCCAGUGUCACUGGUAUCCUCGCCAGGUUUUGCUGUGCUUGAUUCUGGUUGUGGAAAAACAAUUGUGGGAGCAAACACACUGUCUGCUUUCAGAAAGAUUUGGAACGACUCGGGAAUUGAACAACCUCAGCCAUUGACUGAAGAGAACAUGUUCCGUUUUGGGAACGGUGCAAGCGAGCUGUCAAAAGAAUCCAUUGAGAUGCCGGUAUGUUUAGCUGCACGUGCUGGAACCAUUCGUGCAGCCAUUGUGAAGGGAGAUGCACCACUGCUUCUCUCCCGACCUGCCAUGAAAAGGUUGUCUGCAGAGAUGGAUUUUUCCCGUGACGAGCUGCGUUUGUUCAAUGGGAGCACCCGACUCACAAUGCAAGUCAAUGCUGCGGGACAAUACAUGAUUCCCGUGACGGAGUUCCCACAGAAACUCCAACCAGUUGAAAGCCCGCCGGUGGCUCAAGAGAGUCUGACCGUAGGAGAUGUAACCAGUGAAGCUUUGCCCAUCGACGCCCAUGAACCUGAUGCCCCGACCCAGAAGUCGGUGAACCACGAGCCAUGCCCAGUGCCCAAGGGGGAUAGUGGUAAUGAAUGUGGAGGUACCGAGCACGAAGUGAUGCUGAAUCAAUGGACUCCCAAGCAAGCCCGCCAAGUUGGAAGUGUGAGCAGGUUUGCCGGCCAAUACACUGACGCCUUUGUGCGAGCCGUGAUGGACUGUGCACCCAAUUUGCGAUGCAAUCCAGUUUUGAGUGUUGCCUGUCACAGCCCAACGGAGAUCUCGCCCGAGAUCAUGCAUGCCCGCAGUGCCAAUCACGUGCAAAACCGACUCCAGCGCUUCCGGCGCAGCCAGAACGU